AUGGCGCUUAUAAAGGCAAAACAAAGUCAUUCGGGUAUUGUUAAACUCGCACUUUUGGGUCUCUUCUCUGCCAUAUCUGGCAUCUUCAUUUUCUCAUGUGGUUUCCUUCUUAUUCGCUCUGAAUUGACCAAUACUACUAGUGUAUCCCAGCAUCUCCAACCGGAAUUUAAUCGGGUGAUUCUACUUCUUGUGGAUGGCCUUUAUACUGGUCUUCUCCCUUCCAUUGACAACACGACCAGAAUGCCCUUUUUGCGGAGUAUCGUUUAUCAACAUACUCAUUCGAAAAAUCAUUUUCUUGCUCACUUCAUAGCCGAUCCCCCAACUACUACCAUGCAACGGCUUAAAGCUCUUCUCACCGGUAGUAUGCCCACGUUUAUGGAUGCAGGAAGCAAUUUCGGUGGUAGUGAACUUAGAGAAGACAACAUACUGAAACAGUGGGCACUGAACGGCAAGAAGAUAUGCUUUGUUGGUGAUCAAGUUUGGGUGGAAUUAGUACCGAAUUGGUUUCUGGAAAGCCAUCCCCUUCCUGCCUUUAACAUAAAGGACUUGGACACAGUGGAUAAUGCUGUUAAGGAGUACUUUCUCCGAGAAAUCGGUCGUGACAAAUGCGAUGUUCUAAUCGGCCACAUGCUUGGCAUUGAUCACUGUGGACACACUUUUGGACGUUCACAUCCGGAAAUGGAUCGCAAGCUUGCUGAAUUGGAUGAUUUUUUGGGACAUUUGCUACCACUUUUGCGGCCGUCAGACCUGCUAAUUGCUUUUGGUGACCACGGCAUGACGGCUACAGGUGAUCAUGGCGGUGACAGCGCUGCCGAGGUCGAUGCAGCUCUCUUUGCCUACACCCCGAGCGGUUUUCUACGUGCUUCCACCUCCACAACUGCCUCCGCAGGCGAAAUCACUCCUCUUCAUGAGGUAGAACAGGUUAAUCUAGUGCCCACUCUGGCAGCACUCACCGGCACCCCAAUUCCUUUCUCAAAUCUCGGCAUUGUCAUCACACAGCUAUUUAACUUUGCCAUCGUUGGGCCGGUGAAUGAGAACUUUAGGCAGAUGUUCACAUACGCAAAAGAGUACCACAACCGAUUUGGUCUUGUGACCGUUCCUGUGGAGAUGGAACGACUGAUCGUCCGAAACUCUACUCAGCCAUGUACAUUUCUCUCCCUUGAUGAAUGUCUGACUGCGAUGCGCACCUUGCGCGCCACCUUUCGCACUCACUGGACUCGUAUGGACGCUUGGCAUAUUGCUCUUGGCUUCUUCCUCACUCUCCAUGCCCUCCUGGCUUUUCUAGCCCUUGAUAAUGACCUCGGUGAUCCUGGACUGCCCUGCAUCUUUGCUGCCCUGGGUGCUGUUGCUCUUGGCCUCUUUAAGCUAUCUCUGUCCGCUUUUCUACUACUGACAAUGGCUUCCUACUGGCUGGGGGCUUUGUGGUUCAGACGGCAUCGUCACUCAAUAAGUUUAGGAACUCUGGUCUCUGGACUGAUGAUGGUUGUUGUUAUCCUCACUUCCUGUUCCAACAGUUUUGUUAUUCAAGAAGCCAAAGUAUUGAGCUACUUUCUGCAAACGGUACUUGUGAUCACUUACAUUUCCCUUUUGCGUGCUGCCAGACAUGUGCCAAUGGCUAAUACUAGUAUUCUCUUGUGCGUUGGUCUCCUCUGGGCAGGUCGAUACCUAGAGGUGUGUCGGGAGGAGUCUCCAUCCACCUCCGUGUGUGUACCUCUGGGCACCGAUGGUGCCGAGGGCAAUGAUCCAAUUGUCGCUUGGCUGCUUACAUCCCUCUCGAAACUGUCAGGUGAGCGACUGCGACGCCUAACGGGCCCUCGCCUUCUGAUUGCUAGCACCGGUCUCGGUGCUGCUCUCCUCGUUCACCGCCGCUACCUGAACUCAUGGGGAAAUCUUCAUGUUGGUGGGCUUACCGGUACUCUUCUCUCGCUUUUCGCGCCUCUUUCUGCCCUUGGACUGCUCUUCCUCUGGGUCCUCGAUGCUUUAAUCGCCUCAACACAUAGCGGCAACUACACUGCUGCACGUUUUGUUGCCUUGACACCAACAUUCCUCACCACCUUGAGGAUUACCGUCGCUCGGGGUCUGUUUCUGUUUGGUGGGGCUCUUCUCCUCAUUCUCAUCUAUCGUCCUCUCCUCGUGACUGUGGCGGUAUCGGCAGCAACGUCGUCCAGGGCACAGCAAUGGGGAGGAGAUGGCGUCUAUUCCUCCGGUCUAGCCACCGUUUACACCUCAUGGCUUCUCACUGGUUUGGUACUGCCAUCGCUCUUCAUUCUGCUCGUCCUCCUCGGCGACAUUUACGUAUGGCCCUGUCUGGGUAUCCUUGUUUGCCUUCUCCUUCCGCCUUUCUAUCUCCUGCAUUGCUCUCGAAUCCCUUUAUCUUCCCAAAAAACGACGGAGGCUCAAGUGGUGUCACAACUCCAUGCAGCAUCGGGUUGGAUCACGGCCACCUACGCCUGCCUACUGGGCGAAUUCGGUUUCUACUGCCUAGGCCAUCAGCCCACAUUCUCAUCAAUCGCCUGGGAAGCGGCAUUCGCGGUGCUGGAGGGAGAUCAUGUGGUCACUGCUACCUCUACCUUCCUGUCGGCUACUCUUGUACUAGCUCACACCUUUGCUGCCCAUAUCCUUGUCACCGCAGCGUUACCUCUCCUCCUCCUAGCCCCUCUCCAUCGUUUAUCAAAUGGCCCCGUAGGACAAUCUAAACUUCUGCUUCUGCUCACCAAGUCUGAGACAUGCUCACGAGCUUUGGGAGUGGCUUUUGAUAGACUGUUUCGACGAUAUCUCAUCGUUCAUUUCAGUUUGUUCACAGGUCACCUGCUGUGUGCCUUUCUUCUGCGUCGUCACCUGAUGGUGUGGAAGAUCUUCACUCCCCGUCUUGUUUUCUCUUUUUGUGGGCUUGGCGUUAUUCUCCUUACAACACUUGUAGUGCGUUACCUUGUUGUUUGCUGUCUCCAUGCUGCUGUCAUUGGAAUACUUCGUCAAAGACUAAACAAGUUGAAUUCUUAA